UCUCUUAUUUCUCUAUUUUGCGUAAUUUCUGCUUCUCCCAAGUAUUUCCCAACAUUAAUUUUUAAACAUGACGAACCCGAAUGUUGUAGUAUCCGACCCGAAAUCCGGCAUCAACAUGGCCAUCACCCUCACAGUAUCCCAUCCUUCCGCGUUGGAGAUGUUUGAGCAGAUAAUUGAUGCUUCCAAAGGGAAGCAAAUAGUCAUGUUUUUGGACUAUGAUGGUACACUUUCGCCAAUUGUGGACGACCCAGAUCGAGCUUUCAUGUCUCGUGCGAUGAGAAAAACGGUGAAAAAGGUAGCGAGAAGCUUCCCCACCGCAAUAGUGAGCGGGAGGCGGAGAGACAAGGUUUAUGGGUUUGUGAAAUUAGAAGAACUGUAUUAUGCCGGAAGCCAUGGAAUGGAUAUUAAAGGACCGACAAAAGAUUCCAAUUACACUAAAUGUACCCAAUCUGUUCUCUUUCAACCUGCCAGUGAAUUUCUUCCCAUGAUCGACCAGGUUUAUAAACAGCUGGUUGAAAAAACAAAAUCAACUCCAGGAGCAAAGGUGGAGAACAACAAGUUCUGUCUCUCUGUGCACUUUCGCUGUGUCGAAGAAAAGAAAUGGAAUGAAUUGGCUCAACAAGUGAAAUCUGUGUUGAAGGACUUCCCCAAGCUCCAACUAACCUACGGAAGAAAGGUAUUAGAGAUUCGUCCAACCAUUAAGUGGGAUAAAGGAAAGGCUUUGGAAUUUUUAUUGGAGUCACUCGGAUUCAACAGUUGUUCGGAUGUUUUUCCCGUUUAUAUUGGUGAUGAUCGAACCGAUGAAGAUGCAUUUAAGAUCAUAAGAGAGAGAGGACAAGGUUUCGGGAUUCUUGUGUCCAAAUUUCCAAAGGAAACRAGUGCUUCUUAUUCCUUACGUGAACCUUCCGAGGUUAUGUAUUUUUUGCAACGCUUGGCUGAGUGGAAGAAGAGGCSUCCAUUGGUAGGGCAGUGCGACUGCUAGAAGGUAGAUGUGAAAUACGAGGACGUUUUGGUCUUGGKAAGGAAAGCUACAAAACCAAACGCCUUUUUCCAAUCAAAUGUUAAAGAAGGAGUUGGUUCCGAUUGGUCGGUCUAUAUAUAAUAUAUAUAUAUCCAUAUGUAACUUAUAAUUGUUCAGAAUAUUUUAGUUAGAACUUAGAUAUAUAUAUUUUAUAUUAUAUGGAAAUAGAAGAAAAAGUUAGGUGGGUGUGGGGGGAAGUUAGUGGGGAAGCUUGGGGUUUUCUUUUUUCUUGUACUUGUACAUCCUUGGUAACUGUGUGUACAAAGGAAGGGAUCGGAAGACAAACAAAAUCUGCAACUCUUCAACUUGAUUAAUCAAGAAAUGCAUGCCUAAUUAUCUUAUCUUC